AUGCCUUCACCAACAUUUCCACAAAAUCCUAAAACCACCAAUGCUAACAAUGAAUUAGUGUUUGAAGUGUUAGUUCCACCCUCGCCUACCGAGACGGCCACCCAACAACCGUUGAGGACUCGUACCAAGAGAAUCAACCGUAAUCAUACAAAUGAGUGUCCAUUGCCAUCUCCAACAUACGACUCUGAUGAGUCGAGUUAUUAA